AUGAUCACCGCUGGUGGGUCCCGUAACUCCCUGACUAAGCUUCCCAGGGACCGCUGCUGGAGAGCGAGAGGGUGCAGACGCGGUGCGGAACAGAAGAACGUCGAGGUCCCUCAGGAGACCAAGCCCGAGACCACUCCCGCUCCCGCCACCAAGACCCCCGCUGUCGAGUCCAAGCCCCCUGAGGAGACCCCCGCCGAGUCUGCUCCCGCCACCGAGGACAAGCCCGCCGAGGAGUCCAAGGCUGAGGGCAAGAAGGAGGAAGGCAAGCCCGUCGAGGAGGGCCAUCUGGGCCACGAGGCUCAGAGCCUCAGCUUCCCCAAGAACCUGAUUGCCAGCAAGGAGUUCUUCUUCUUCGGCACCAACGCCUUCGAGCCCAAGGCGCUCGCCCACUACCUCAAGACCGAGAAGUCGGCCGAGACUGCCCACGGCAACAUCGCCUGGGCCUCCCACACCGGUCAGGGUCUCCUCUUCAUCGGGGACAAGAAGAACCCUUCCAGCAUCAUCAGCCUGGCCGAUGCCACCGAGCCCGAGACCGAUGGCUCCCACAAGUUCCACUUCACCUCUAAGGGCAACAAGCACAGCUUCAAUGCCGCCAACACUGCUGAGCGUGACAACUGGGUCGCCCAGCUGAAGCUCGAGAUCGCCGAGGCUAAGGAGCUCGCUGCCACCGUCACCGAGUCUGAGGCUUACAAGAAGACCAUUGAGAACUUCAAGCCCGCUCCUCCCAAGAAAGAAAAGGCCGCCGAGACCCCCAAGGAGGAGGAGCCCAAGGAGGAGCCCAAGAAGGAGGAGAAGACCGAGGGCUCCAAGCGCCGAUCCGUGAGCCUCCCCUUCGCCUUUGGCAAGCGCGAGAAGUGUUGA